UUUAGGGGGGAUACUAGAAGUUCGCACUUUUGCAUGGACAUUGGAAGUUGCAAGUAGAAGAUCGCGCUUUUAGACUGCCACAAGAAGUUUGCACAUUUGGAGGGGUACCGGAAGUGAUUUCUUCAUUGGUUUAUUGACUUGCUACUUCAUUCCCUCUCUUAUCUUACCAUGGAUCAAGCCUUUGAUAACCUCUUAGCAACAUUCUAGCAAGAUUAUGACCAUCCUCAAGCACCGGAAAUGUACAAGGUAAAGUUCACACAUUUCAGGUCCAACUGGAAGUGACAAAGCAAAGUUCACACAUUUGGAGCCCAACUGGAAGUUCGCUGAUUUUAGGUUCAACUGGAAGUGAUCUCAAAUGUCAACUUUACUAGCUUAAUCACUUUGCCUUGAGCCAUUUCAUGAUGAUUUGAACUCCAGCCUACCCUUCUUCCAAGCAUUGACUCUAAAACGAUUUGUCUUAGCCAAAUUUAGCACUUUAUACCUGAUUCAGCAAGUAGAUGAUGAUCAAAUCAGAGUUAUAGGACUCGCAGAGUUUGGCCCAGACUCGGUGAUUCCUGAGGCGGGUGACCUCUGCUGAGGCCAGAGGACCCUGUAUUCGGACUCGGCUGAGUCUGGUCGGGUCUGUGCAAACUCGCGAGUCUGUCAGACUUGGCAGACUUGGCGAGUUCUGAGCCCCAGACUCUGCCGCCCAGCAAGUAAGAAAAGGGCAAAAAAAAAUUAAAAAGUUAGUGUUUAAAGUGAAAGAGAAGGUCAAUAUAUUUUCUCUCCUACCCUAAAAAAUCUUUUUUUUGUUUGCAAACACAAGGAGGAGAGAAAAAGAGGGUUUUGAGCCAAAAAAUAGAGGCACUGAAGAGCAGACCAGCAGAUAUAUUGAAGAGGAGAUUGCAAUUGUUGAUUGUUUGUGCAAGGUAGUAGCUUGCAUUCAAGCAUUUAAAGGUGUUAAAGAAGGAUUCAGAAAAGGUUUUUAGCAAAUUUAACGAGACAGCCAGCAGUAAUGCCAGAAGAGUUUGCCAGAGCUAACAAAGAGUUCAAAAAGUUGGAAGAUUGCAUUUCUUUGAUCAAAAAUUUGAGGGUAAAGAAGAAGGAGAUUGAUGGUUUGAGAGUAAUGGCAAGUGACUCUCUUGAAGAAAAAGAAAUGCGUGAUCUAGCAGUUGCAGAACUUCCAGUGAUGUUAGAAGAGGAAAGAAAUCUUCAGUAUAAGCUGCUUCAGUGUUUGCUUCCAAAAGAUGAUGCAGAUGGAAGAGAUUGCAUCCUGGAGGUCAGAGCAGGCACGGGAGGGGAGGAAGCAUCAUUGUUUGCUAUGGAUUUAUUUAAAAUGUAUGAACGAUAUGCCCAGAAAAGGCGAUGGAAGUUUGAAGUUGUUGAUGUGACUGAGUCAGAUCUUCGAGGGUACAAGGAAGCAUGUGCAGCAAUAUCUGGGGCUGGAGUUUAUGGAAAACUCAAAUUUGAAAGUGGAGUGCACCGUGUCCAGCGCAUUCCAGUGACAGAAAAAGCAGGUCGUAUCCACACUAGUGCUGCAUCUGUUGCCAUUCUCCCUCAGGCUGAUGAUGUGGAUGUAAAAUUGCGCCAUGAGGACUUGAGAAUCGAUACUUUUCGAUCAGGUGGGGCAGGUGGCCAAAGUGUAAAUACAACAAGCAGUGCUGUUCGGGUGACUCACAUUCCUACAGGUAUUGUGAUAAGUAUUCAAGAUGAGCGGUCUCAACACCAGAACAAAGCUAAAGCAUUGAAAGUUUUAUGUGCAAAAUUGUAUGAACGGGAAAGACAGAGACUUCAUGCAAGCCGGUCUAAGCUCCGAUCAGAUCAAAUUGGUAGUGGAGACAGGUCAGAAAGAAUUCGAACAUAUAAUUUUCCUCAGGGCCGUGUAACAGAUCACCGGGUUGGGAUAACUCUUCAUUCUAUUGAAGAUAUUAUGCUGGGUGAAGGCUUGGAUGAUUUUGUUGAUGCUCUUGUGUUGAAACUGGAAAUGGAUGCAAUUGCAUCUUUUACUGAUACCUCUUGACACAAACAGUAAAUUCUUCUCAGAUAUUGCAUCACCAAGCUACAAUCAUCAAUAGAUUCAGCAAUAUUUUGAGGAUCAAAUCAAUUGCUUGGCACUGGCUUGUACAAUGCUGUAUUUUCAAUUUUUUGUAGCAUUUACCGUAUCACUAAAUAUUUCCUCUUUAAUGAGUUAGCUUUUGAUUU